GUUCCAACUCUUACAAAUAGAGGGCUCUGGUAGCUAUACACUUCGUAAAUAUUGCUCACAUCCGCAUUUGAGUAAAUAACGAUAUCAAAAAAGAGUAGGAGAGCGGUUUCUGUGAACUUGAAUAAAGCAGAUUAAUGUAACAGCUGAAACGUGCGUGUGACAUUGCGUGGGCAAGAUAUAUUUAAAAUUGCAUAGACAAGGAUAUUGGUCUUUAGCGUAGCUAUACACUUCGUUAAUAUUGCUCACAUCCGCAUUUGUGGUAGCUUUCGAAUGAAAGGAGGAAGGUAUUACACGCUUUCUCAUAACAUUGUUAUUGAAACAUUGUGAAAGCUGGAAUACAAUAUGACCUUAAUGACCAUGAGAUUCGAUCUGUUAGCAGUACUAGUGGGAAGUAUCUUUGCUUGUUUGAUACAAGGUGCGACUGGAUUUUUCAUAAAACAUGUUGAUACAGGAAAGUGUAUUUAUGACGUUGGAAAAAUUAUGUUAACAUAUCAACAUGGAAGUCAACUUUCUAGAGAAAGAAGCCAGCGUUUUGUGGAAAUUUCAGACAAUUGUUUUGAUCAAGCAUCUCAGUUGAACUUUCGAGACACUGGCGCAAUAUUGAAAAUAAAUAUACCAGGUUGCCUUCAAGCCGUGGACAGAUGGGUAAAUAUUGAGGGUACUCUUCAUUUGUUAGUUAUUCACUCUGAUAAGCAAAACAUUAUUGGCGAUCUUUGUUCUGACAACAACGCUGUAACCCAAACCUCUUGGGGAGGAUUAACACUUAAGUUUUGGAGAACAAACCAAUUGCUAUGUUUAGUACCUGCUACAUCUAAUGAAUUUAAAAACAAGUAUGGAGUUGAUCCGUAUUUGAAAACAACAGAUUGUAAUGAAGGAACAGAAAAACGAUUUCAUUUUGGGUCAGUGGCAUGUACUGGACAAAAGAUAGCGAACGCUAGUUGUUCUAAAAAUCAAUAUAUGGUAAUAAAAGUGGCUGAAUAUCGUGGAUUGAGUAACGGAAGCUCUUGUGGCUCAAGUUAUGAUUACAGUUGUAGUGUUAAUGUCACAUGCGACCUUAAAAAUUAUUGUGAUGGUGAAACAGAAUGUACGAUAACUGUUGAUGAUAAUCAUUUUCCUUCUAAUAUUUGUCCUGGUUUGGAGAAAUAUCUUUACUUUGAAUAUCAAUGUAACGACACAAGUAUGCCAUACAGAAAAAUUGGUCAUCUACCUGAUGGUCCUCCUUUGAAUGUCACAAUCUACGCAAUCGGCAAUACAUCAUUGUUUGUCACGUGGAAGCCACCUGAUGUAACCAAAAGGAACGGAAAGAUAGUCAGUUACACUGUUUGUAUUAAACAAUGUGGGGGUGACACAUGUUCAAAAACCUAUACUACUGAGGAACAACAUUUGGAAAUAAAUCAUUUAAAACCAGCGACAAAAUAUUGUGUACGCGUUUUAGCGUCUACGAAAGUGGGUCCUGGAAUUUACAGCAAAUUGAAGUGGACGUUCUCAAACGGACUUGCACCGGAACAGCCCAGAAUUCAGACAGCGUAUUCACUGACUUAUUUGUUGCGAAUCCCCUCAAUGAAAUAUCAAUAUUUUUAUGUGGUAGCAAUGGAGCAUGACAAAAAAGAAAGUCGGUUGCCUUCAGAAUUCAAAAUGAUGACUUAGUGAGUUACUCUGAGGCCAUAUCAUCCGCACAACCAAAGCCUUAUAU